AUGUCUGGAAGAGACAUGGCCAAACCCCUCCUGGGCCAUCGGAGCGUGGAGGGUGACCCCAGCGUCACGCCUGCGGCCGGCCGCACCGUCGGGGUGCUGGGAAGCGGGGACUUCGCGCGGUCGUUGGCCAUCCGCCUGGUGUGCUCCGGGUUCAAGGUGGUGGUCGGCAGCCGCAACCCGAAGCGCAAAGCUGGCCUCUUCCCUUCUGCAGCAGAAGUCACCUUCCAAGCUGAGGCAGUGAAGAAGACAGAUGUAAUUUUCGUGGCGGUUUUCAGGGAACAUUACUCCACCCUCUGUGACCUGGCUGAUGUGCUGGUGGGCAAGAUCCUGGUGGAUGUUAGUAACAACACCGAGAUCAACCACCACAAAGAAUCCAACGCCGAGUACUUGGCUUCCCUGUUCCCAGCUUGCGCCGUGGUCAAGGGGUUUAACGUGGUUUCUGCAUGGACACUGCAGUCAGGUGCCAGGGAUGGAAAUAAGCAGGUUCCGAUUUGCUCAAAUAACCAAGAAGCCAAGCGUACCGUAGCAGAAAUUACUCAAGUCAUGGGAUUCACCCCUGUGGACAUGGGCUGCAUGUCGUCAGCCUGUGAGAUUGAGAACAUUCCCCUGCGCCUCUUGCCAGCCUGGAAAAUCCCCAUAUUUUUGGCUCUGGGGCUCUUUCUUUGCUUCUUCACUUACAACGUGAUCCGGCAGGUCAUCCACCCUUACAUCAGGGAGCAGAAGAACAAGUUGUACAAGAUCCCCAUCGAGGUGGUCAACACAACGCUGCCUUGCGUGGCCUACGUCAUGCUGUCUCUCGUCUACCUGCCCGGGGUGCUGGCAGCCUGCUCGCAGCUCUACUACGGCACCAAAUACAGGCGUUUUCCAGAUUGGCUCGACCAGUGGCUCCAGCACCGAAAGCAGAUCGGCCUCCUCAGCUUCUUCUGUGCGGCUUUGCAUGCCGUGUACAGCCUCUGUCUGCCCAUGCGCCGCUCCCACCGCUAUCAGCUGAUCGAGACGGCCGUCAAGCAGGCUGUGGAGAAGAAGAUGAAUAUCUGGGUAGAGGAGGAAGUCUGGAGGAUGGAGAUUUAUAUCUCUGUUGGAAUAAUUGCCCUGGGCUUGCUGUCGUUACUUGCCAUCACCUCACUUCCAUCCAUCGCAAACUCUCUCAACUGGAGGGAAUUCAGUUUCAUUCAG